CUUCAAUGGAAGAGGAAGAUACCUUCGAAUCUUCACGUUUUCAUUUCUGAUCCUCUUUCGAUUCAACUCUCUCCUUCAAUACCAUUCAAAUAUCAGAUACCUAUCUCUCUAUGUACAUAUAUACACGCAAACUUGAUUGUUUGUAGAAAAAGAAAGAGAGAAAUAAAGAAAACGAUGAGCGCUUUGAAUUCCCAUUUCGUGCUUGUUGAUCUCAACACGUCAUGGCAAUCAAUUAACCAAAUUCCAGCAUCAACUUUUGCUUACCUUCAAACCUCCAAAAUCCCAAGUUCCUUCUCAGCGGCAUUUCGUCGAACACGUGGUGGUACUGGUAGGAUCUCCUCCACGAGGUCAUCAUCGGUGCCACCCAUUCGAUCGCCGGAAGUACGCAAACCGAGAGAUCGGUCAUCUCUUGGAAAUGGGUUUUUAUACCCUUCCUCGAAUCCAACUUCGACAUCUCAAUCCCAAGUCGGAUCGGAGCUCGAUCUGUUUCUUGAAUUGGUGCCCUUAAGGAUGAGGAAUAAGCUGUUUGAACAUUCGGAGAUUGGGAAUAUGAUCGAGGUUGUGAUGGAUUUGGGUAGACAACCCCUUGCUAGAUUCCCAUCAGGAGAUUGGGUUAUCUCCGAUGAGCCUGUCAAUCUUGAAGAUCUACGUCAUGCAAUUUCAAAGAUUGGUGAAUUUUCGGAUGACAACCGAUCUGGCAUUGAUCAUUCUUUACACCGAAUAAGUGCAAUUCGCAACCGCAAAAGGCAAAUAAUCGGUCUCACGUGUCGUGUGGGUCGAGCCGUUUCCGGUAGUGCAGAAAUUAUUCGCGAUUUGAUUGAAGGAGGCGGUUCCAUUUUGGUUAUAGGACCUCCCGGGGUUGGCAAAACAACCCUAAUCAGAGAAAUUGCUAGAAUGUUGGCGGAUGAGCGAAAGAAACGUGUGGUGAUAAUAGAUACUUCAAAUGAGAUUGGAGGAGAUGGUGAUGUUCCUCAUUCGGGUAUAGGGCGUGCAAGAAGGAUGCAAGUUCCAAAUGUUAAUAUGCAACACAAUGUGAUGAUUGAAGCAGUUGAAAAUCACAUGCCUCAAACUAUUAUAAUUGAUGAGAUUGGAACAGAGCUUGAGGCUAUGGCAGCAAGUACAAUUGCUCAAAGAGGAGUUCAGCUUGUUGCAACUGCACAUGGAGUAACGAUAGAAAGCAUAAUCAAAAACCCUUCUCUUCAAAUCCUUGUUGGUGACAUUGAGAGUGUGACUCUUGGUGAUGAUGAAGCAAGGAAACGGAAAGUGCAAAAGACUAUACUUGAGAGGAAAGGGCCUCCAACAUUUUCAUGUGCUGUUGAAAUGAUCUCUAGAACAGAGUGUUGUGUUCAUCAUCGAUUGGAUGCCACUGUAGAUGCCAUACUUGCAGGUAGACCUCCUUUGUAUGAAAUCCGUCGUAUGGCAGAUGAAUCUGAAAGAUCUAAAGAUGUCUCCGAUCUCCCUAAAGAAGCAACAAUGGUGGAGAUAUCAUACAAGGAAGAUGUAUUAGAUGCGGAAGACGAACAUCUUUCACCUGAUUUUGAAAAAUCGAGGCGCUAUGAAGAUAAAAAGAUACGUAAACAGGAAAAUUCACGUAUUUCAACGCCAAAAUUGAACAAAUCAGAUAACACCGAUCGUGUUUUUCAAGACAUUAAGGAUGAUGUCGAGUCUGAUGGGGAAGAAGAAGAUCGUUCUUCCAAUAUCAGAAAACUUAACAGUAAACCACAAAGCAGGACAAAGACAAAGACCCCGGUUUAUGUUUAUACUUAUAAGAUAUUGGAAGCUGACUUACAACAAGUAGCAAUGGUAAUGGGGCUUACAGAAGAGAUUGAUGUAACUGAUGAUAUAAGUAAUGCGGAUGCUAUUUUAGCAUCAAGUUAUGAAAUGAAGGAGAAUCCAUGGAUACGCAGUGUAGCAAAAUUUCACCAGUUACCCGUGUUUGUUAUCAAGUCAACUACCAUGGCUCAAAUGGUGAAAGCAAUUCGAAUGAUUCUCGGGAGGGAUUUAUUUGGUGCAAAACUGAAACAACUGAAAAAAAACUCGGUGGAUAUUGAAAUUGAAGAUGAUGUUCCAAGAAGAAAACCAUCAUUAGAGGAGAUUGAUGCCUUAGAGGAAGUUCGACUUGCUAUAGAGUAUAUUGUGAUUCCAAGUGGAGAACCUGUAGAGCUUCUACCUCGAUGCUCAGAGAUAAUAGCUCAACAACUUGAGCUUGUAAAAAGUUAUCAAUUGGCUGUAGAAAACUCGGGCACUGACCUCAAUCCAAGGCUGCAGAUUCUUCCACAAAAGUUAAACAAGAAAUCAGGGAAAAACUCCAAAACUAGUGCAGGCUUCAUUGCACCUACGGGUGGUGUUGCGGGUACAAGUGUUGCUAGGCUGCCACUCUUGCCUGAAUAGUGCAUGCAACAAAAUAGUGUCUCUAAUUAUAUGACUUGUUUCACCAAAUCAUGUAUAGUCAUUUAAAUUAUGACCAAGUGUGGUGGUGGGGCCAGCUUAGGGGUUGUUGACACUUAAAUUGUUUGUGUGGCUCGUAAUUGGCCCCGUGUUUGUAUAUUAUUGUUAAUGUAUACGAUUAUGAUGUUGAUUUGUUAUUAUAAAUGUACAAAAUUUACACAUUA